ACAUUCAUUCAAAAAUCCCGCAAAAACAAAAUAUAUGUGGAACCAACAAUCAAACAUGAACGAUUCAGGUUUGAGUGGAGGAGGAUUUAUGACAGGAUCGAACUCUACAUCCGUUAAAACAACAAUUAAAAACAAAAAUCGCCUUCCAUGUACAAUAGCCUCCAUUUUAUUACUUGAUCCAACGAGAGAUACUCUUAUAAUUGGAGAUAUGGAAUAUGAUCAGAUUACAUUAGUUGGUUUAAUUCGAUCAGUCAAAGAAACUCCUACUAAUAUUACUUAUGAAUUAGAUGACAUGACUGGACCAUAUAUUGAUAUAAAACAAUGGCCAUAUCCUUCAAAAGAUGAUGAAAAUGGAUUUGAGGAUAGUAGAAAAACUAAAAUUUAUCCUGAAAAUUCUUAUAUAACUGUUAUUGGGAGCAUAAGAAGUUUUAAUAGCAAAAAAAGCAUAUUAGCUCAUAAAAUUUUACCAAUUACUGACAUGAAUGAAUUAACGAUGCACAUAUUAGAAGUUACUUAUUCUCAUAUGAAAUUGGUGGAUUUAUCAAAUAAUCUACAUAAAAAUAUGAAUUCAAAUAAUAGUAUUGAUCAAAGCAAUGUUGAAGAUUCCAUGAUUAAUACUUCAUUUACUCAGGGAUAUAACUCUGGUCUAAAUCCAUUAGCGCAACAAAUCUUAAAGACCAUAUCACAGUGUAACACAGAAGAAGGAAUUACUGUAAUGAUGAUUAAAAAAGCUCUGCCUAACAUUUCAAUAGAUCAAAUAAAAAGAGAAGUUGAAUUUUUAAGCAACGAAGGGCACAUAUUUUGUACAAUCGAUGAUGAUCAUUACAAAUCUACUGACAGCUUCUAAUUUAUAUAAUCUAUUACUUUAUAUAUCAUUUAUAUUGAUCAUGAAUUUAGUCAGUUUAUAGAUUUUAUU